UUUUUUCCUUUUCUUUUACCCAAAUUAUUGCUACCUUAUCUACACUUUCUUAACAUGUGCCAACACAAGGUAAACGCAAAACCACAACAGAAAGCCCCCUCAUCCUGCCUCUCCAUUAACAUAGAGAAUAAAAAUGUCAAUUUCAGGGAAAUCCAUUACAAUUUCCCCUCUCUACCUUCUCCUCGCGGCAUUUUCCCUGUGCUUCACGUUCAGCAUUGCAUCAAAAUCCGGUGACCCAAUUCCAGCUCCAUGGCCGGAGCAAUUCCAUUCAAUUCUCUUCAUGAAUAACACCAAAGGAAAUCUCCAGAUCGUUGAUUUAUGGUACGAUUUUCCUAACGGAAGGAACUUCAACAUAAUACAGAACCAAUUGGGGAAGAAACUUUACGAUUUGGAAUGGGAUAACCAUACUUCGUUUUACUAUACUUUGGAUGCUAACAAGGAGUGUAGGGUUAUGCAUUUUCCGGUGGGAUUACUUAGACCUAAUUGGUUACAAGAUGGGAAGUAUUUGGGACAGAGAUAUAGGGAUGGAUUUCUAUGCAAUGUGUGGGAAAAAGUUGAUUUCAUUUGGUAUUAUGAAGAUGUUGUUACUAAAAGACCUGUUUACUGGGCUUUCUACACAGGUAUGAUUGCACAUGUAAUGACAUUUGAAGUAGGAAGAGUGUUGGCGGAUCCAAAUUGGCAAGCGCCUGUUUACUGUUUCAAAGAGGCCAACAAAGAAGAGAUAUCAUCUCCUGUUAGUUUAGUCAGUGAUGAUAAUGUUUCAAUUAGCAAACUCAUGGGAGCAGCUAUGGAUUUUUCUUUGCUGCUCUAAUUAUUGUUACAUUUCAACGUACUAUCAAAAUAAUUUGUUCAUGACGAUGUUGUUUCUUUUGGACCAUAAGAAUGGGUAACCACUUAUCCAUCUUCAUGUUUA